AUGAACUCAUCCACACCUGACUCAUACACCAACUCCACAACUCCUUCCAUUGAGCUAACAGUCUGUCUGGAAAUGUGUGUGUUCACCUUUAAUUUCCUGUUUGGUCUUCUUACACACUCCUAUGUGAUCUGGCUCAUCGUCACAGGAACUGGAAUUGCAUCAGAGUUCUUCAUCCUCAAUCUCUCUACAAGCGAGGAGGAAAUGAACUCCACCACAACAGGAGCUUCCACCAACACCGCAACUCCUUCCACCUCACCAUGGGACGGUGCUCAAAAUCCUUUGUUCAUCAUCAAUGUCUUGUUUGGUCUUCCUACACACUCCUAUGUUAUAUGGAUCAUCGUCACAAGAACGGGAAGUGGAGUUGCAUCAGAGUUCUUCAACCUCAGUAACUCUUUUUGUGAGAUUGGUAUAUGUGUGGAUUUUUUGAUCUUUAUGUUGGCAAGCUAUAUUUCAAGUCUUUUUCCAUUAGCAAUGUUUUUACAAGGAUUCACCAUCACUGGUCGUCCUCUGUUUCAGUGUCUGAUCUGUGUUGAGCGUUACCUGGCAGUGGUUCAUCCUGUCACCUUUCUGAAGUACAAACCUCUCAGAUACAGAGUGAUCUGCUGCACUGUGGUCUUGAUAAUCACUCUUGGAUCUUGUUUGAUCUGUCUGAUUAUAUUCAUUUUUUCUACCAUUACUAUGCAAGCAUGGUUCUUCUCAAUGCAGUUUCUACUCUGUCUCCCCAUCCAGUUGUUUUGUCUUGUGGCUGUUCUCAGAGCUCUGAAACAGUCAGGACCAGGAGAGAGAACGAGAGAGAGAGAUGAACUGAAGACAAGAGCAUUUUAUCUCAUCCUAAUAACUACAGUGACCAUGGCUAUCACAUAUGUGCCAACCACUAUCUCUGGAUUCUUUACCAUUGUGACACAACAGUUUAAUCUGAUAGCUUGGAUUCCUUCUAUGACUUGUUAUGUGCUUGCUGGUUUUGUUCAGCCUGUUCUUAAUCUGCACCGGGCUGGAAAACUUUCUUUCCUCUGUACCCAAUAA